AUGUCUCAAUCCACUUCAAUGCCACCACCAACAGCAUUAAAUAAGUCUCAGAAAAGACAACGUUCGUCUUCAAAAGACGCCACUUCCUCCUCGUCUCAGCCAACAGCUGGUCCCAUGGAUAAAUUUAUUCAUAAAAAGGCUAAAACUGGACAAUCUACGUUCCAAAGAAGCUUCUCCUCAUCAUCUGCGUUAGACCAUCAUUGUGGUAACUUUUUACAAUCGCCUUUACCAAACCGUAAAGGGAGUACUAAAAAGAUCAAUGAUAUAACAAAUAAGAGUGUGUAUGGCAUGCUUUUUUCUUCUAAGAGCUUUGAUUCGAAAGCAGAAGCAGUUGUGGGUCUGGGUGCUUCUGAUAACGAAUUAAGAAAGUUUAAAGAGAAAACUCCUAGCAAGCCAGUUCAUGCACCACGUCUUGCUUUACCUGUAAAAGACGGAGCUCCUACACGUAAAAUUGAAACAGAGGCUCUUCAUUCCUUAUCUGCGCCAGGUCUCGUAAAUGAUUACUAUAGCAAUGUUCUUGAUUGGUCCAAGAGUGAACUUGUAGCCAUUGCCCUUAACAAUACUAUCCAUUUCUAUAAUGCUAAGACUGGUUUCGCUUUCCCUCUUGAUUAUGACUUUGAUACUGAUAUUGGCGCCCUUGCAUUCCGCAGUGAUGGUCGUAUGCUAGCUGUUGGUUGUGAAAAUAAUGAAGUACAUCUCUUUGAUGUUAAGCCGAGACAAAACAAGACGGUUGAUACCCAUUUGGUUGAACUGAAAAAGACUCUUCGUGGUAACGGUCAAGACGGCAACAUUAAUGCCCUCGCUUGGAACCCAGUCCGCUUGAAUUUAUUGACUGUUGGUACUGAUAGGGGCGUUCUCUUACAUCAUGAUGUACAGUUACCACACACCCUUCUUAAAAAGGUCACAGAUGCUCAUGAUGGUGACGUCUGUGGCCUGAAAUGGCGCAACGAUGGUCAGUAUCUUGCUAGUGGUGGUAACGACGCUCUCGUCAAAGUCUGGGGUAUUCGCAGUCUCUCAGCCCCCUCUUUUGUUAGAGAACGACAUAUAUCCGCGGUAAGGGCGCUUGCUUGGUGUCCUUGGAAUAGCGAUCUGCUUGCCUCUGGCGGUGGUAGAGAUGAUAAGAAGAUCCAUAUCUGGAACAUAAAAACCGGUGUACGUGAAAUGACCUUUGACGCUGGUUCUCAGGUUACCUCCAUUCAUUGGUCAAAGCACUACAGAGAGCUUGUGUCCACGCACGGUGCUCCCAACCAUUAUAUUUCCAUCUGGAGUUAUACCAAAGACAAAAGACUCAUCGAUAUACCAGCCCAUGAAAGUCGCGUUUUGCAUGCAGUCAUGAAUCCCAAUGGUCAAAAGCUAGCCACGGUCGCAACCGACGAAAAAUUGAAAUUCUGGGAUAUCUUCUCUUCUGACAAAGCAGCUCUUCCAGAUGAGAGUAUUCCAGCAGCUGUCCGUCGAAAGCAUGAAAUUGCCAAGAUAGCUGAACAAAUCCGUUAG